AUGGAUUCCGCCUCAAACAUCUCUAUCGUCAACGGUGACGUACCUUCAAGACGCACCGCCGACCCCAACGAAGCCCAACGUCUCCAAGAUGAACGCCUUCAGUACUUCAUUGGUAAUGACGAGCUCCCGAACUCCGUUCUGCCUCACAUGACGACCUCUUCCAAGAAAUCCAUCACCAAACACAAGAAUAAGAUGUCUAGAAAGAUCAAUGAAAUCAUACCCAAGGUCCAGAAAUGA